UCCAUAGUAUCGUCACUUUCCUCACGCCUCAGCUCGGCAAGAUUUUCUGUGCUUUCUGCUUUCAUAAAAGUGGUCGGCCACUCAGAAAUCUUUUCCUCUACUUGCACCAAAAUUCUAGUGCUGGCGCCAUGUAUUGGGCCGGCGGCACUCCUAAUAUAUAAGGGUCGUCUAAUUUCAUGAUGGUUAGUCAUGUACUUAUCUGUUACUGACCGCGCGUCUUGUCGGCAAUCAACGUCAUCGCUCUCAUAAAACAUCGAGAGAAAGACCAACGGAUAGACAUGGCUCGUCUCGUUGCCACCACCAUGUCGAAUGUACUUCAACGAAAGAUCGGAGACACGCCCGUACCCGCCAUUGGCUUUGGAGCCAUGGGACUCAGUGUAGGCUACGGUACCGUUGAACCGGACGAAGAGCGCUUCAAAGUGUUCGAUGCUGCAUUCGAAGCAGGAUGCACGUUCUGGGAUACCGCCGAUGCGUACUUCGAUUCAGAGGACCUUAUUGGGAAAUGGUUCAAACGUAAUCCUGAAAAACGUGAUUCUAUUUUCCUUGCCACGAAAUUUGGCUUCACCAUGCAAGGUGCUCGUGGUGAUCCUGAGUACGUCAAGCAACAGUGCUAUACAUCGCUCAAGAGGCUCGGUGUGGAUUACAUCGACUUGUACUAUCAACACCGAGUCGACCCCAACACUCCCAUCGAGAAGACAGUAGAGGCCAUGGCCGAACUUGUCAAAGAAGGAAAAGUCAAAUACCUCGGUCUCUCAGACUGUACCGCGUCUGGUCUCCGUCGCGCACAUGCGAUCCACCCCAUAGCUGCCCUCCAAAUCGAAUAUUCGCCCUUCAUUCUUGACCUCAUCCAAACUGCCCGCGAGCUCGGAGUCAAGAUCGUCGCGUACUCUCCACUCGGUCGUGGGCUCCUGACGGGCCAAGUCCGCUCUCGAGAUGACCUCGAGCCAACUGAUUUCCGCUUGACGGUGCCCAAGUUCAAAGAAGAGAACUUUCCCAAAAUUCUGUCGCUUGUAGACAGGAUCGGGGACGUGGCGAAGAGACACAAUGCGACGUCUGGACAGGCUGCACUCGCUUGGAUUCUGGCGCAGGGGGAGGAUUUCUUCGUCAUUCCAGGGACGAAGAAGAUUAAGUACUUGAAAGAAAACCUUGGUGCUGGGUCGCUCAAACUGACCCCAGAAGAGAUCGCGGAGAUUCGACAGAUUGCUGAAGCAGCAGAGAUUCCGGGAGAACGAUAUGGUCCGGGAUUCCUUGAGAUGACAUAUGUCGAGAGCCCGGCAUUGAAGUGAGCUUGUGGGUCUAAGUAGACAAAGGGCUUCUACCCUCUCCUUCAAUGACCUUGUAUCUCUUAUCCAGGGUCUGAUGUUAUUCAACCGAGCGAACUAAUAUCUCAAAUGGAUCGAGACCAUUGAUAUUAAGAG